ACGCUUUACAUAAAUAUUCUAAAAUGGCCGCGUCUAUGCGUCUAUCACGACAAUCAGCUGACAAUGAGAGAUGGUAGGGACGAUUCGCGGCAAAUAAAUAACAGAGAGACCUGAUGCAGUGGCGAAGGUGGCAAUGACUCCACGAAUACAGCUUGAGAUAUUGGUGAUACUUGCAACAACAGUGUUUGUCCUGUUUGCAGCCUGGAACACCUUUAGUGCACAAUUAUCAGUAUGUGUCACAGUGUGCCUCUGUUGUCAGUUUUUGACACUGACACUGAAAACCUACCUGGACAACCAGCAACCUCACAUCAGACAACUGUUCAGAUCAAAAGCAGACCUUGGUUACCUGUGUUCUAUGCUGGUCCCAUUGACUGUUGUAGCUGAUCUGGUGUUCAUAGCUAGGCAGAAUGUCUUCAUCGAUAUGCUUGAAUGGUUGGAUGAGCAUCGCAAGACACUGCACGGUAUCGUGGAUAUCUGGGGGCUGGAUCAUCAGCACAAAGCUCAAGUCUAUAAUCACUACGCCUACUCCAUGUUGGGAUGUGCCUUCCUGGCGUCCUCCAUGGCUGCCCUGGCGGUCAUCACCAACAGAGAUCGCAGUAACCGUCUUCCCUCUACCUGCUCCUUGUGGACAAUGUCCGUGUUCAUUACGGCAUCUGCUAUUUCAUCUUCUGUUAUGUUGGUCAUGGCAGGUACCAUGGCAACUGUGAUGGCUCUAGUGCUGUCCGUCCUUGUGUUUCUUGUCAUCUUCCAUCUUCCAAACCACCUCCCCAGGACCUUCACCCUGGGAGAGUUGUCCUGCAGCAUCCAGCUCCUGGCAGUCCUGCUGUGGAAGCCAGUGCAUGUUUAUACCUCUACAGACAUCAUCAACUUUAAAAUAUACAGUAUAGAUUCUUUGCAUGCAAUUAUAUUUGUUGCUCUACUUGUGAUUAUCAUCAUGUACGUCCUCCUUCCUGCAACUGUCCGUGGAGAACGUCCGUGGGUGUUCUAUGUGGUGUUCACAUGCGUGUCAGCAGUGUUGGUCGUCCCUGCAUCAUACCUGGUCCUCAGGAAGGACAUUGUCACAUGGAUGUUCACCAGCAUAUUCAAACAUCCGAAGAGGGUGAGUCUGCUGUUGUACUGGCUGGUGUGCUCUGUUGUGGCGGCUGUGCUGAGCUUGUAUCAAGGGUCGAGUGCAAAGGGAGACACCAUCACCCGCAAGUCAUUCCAUCUGGUCAUAGUAGCCGUAUACAUUCCAGGGCUGUUGGUGGAUGCAGAGUUCCUACACCUAGCAUCUGUGUGUGCUGGAGCCUUCCUGCUGCUGCUUGAAGCUGUGAGGGUUCACUCUAUUCCUCCUCUGGGGCAGGUUAUUGACAGCUCAUUCAAGAUGUUUGUCGAUGACAAGGAUGAAGGCCCUGUGAUACUGACCCACAUCUACCUCCUCGUGGGCCUGUCUCUGCCACUCUGGAUCUCCAGCAUCAGGCCGGUCAAUGGUGCUCUGCUGCCCAUGUACAGUGGAGUUAUCUCCCUUGGUGUGGGCGACACGGCAGCAUCUGUAGGGGGAGUUCUGUUAGGUCAACACAAGUGGCCAGAAAGUAACAAGUCUCUAGAAGGAACAGCCUUGUGUGCCAUCAGUCAGGCUCUAGUCAUGGCCUGCCUCACACUAUCAGGGGGAGUGUCGAGUCCACUCAGCCUGUCUCUUGUCCUACCAGUCAUCCUGUCUUCGCUGUAUGAAGCUUUUACACUGCAAGUAGACAACCUGGUUCUACCCUUGCUGACUUAUUCUCUGCUCUGUGUGUCAUGACAGAAUCAGCACGGCAUCAAGUCAUCAUUGUCGUACAGUAUUCUACAAAAGAUGGGUGAGUGAGGCUCUAUUCCACCAUUAUCAAUAUUCCAACCACAUUGCAGGAGAACACCAAGAAUGGUAUUCAGGCAAUGGUUGGCAAGAGAGUGAGUGGGUGAGAUGGGUUUAAUGGUGUUUUAGCAGUAUUCCAAUUAUAGCACAGUGUAUCCACUUCAUGUGGGAGGAAGGCCUGAAGUGAUGCAGGUCUUAGACCUUUACCACUUUUGUGAAACCCUGGAGGACAGGUAUGAUGCUGAUAAACCUAAAAACAUCAAUGUAUCUUUAUUCACACAACUUAUUCACACAACCUUAACUAUUAUUUACAAAUUUGGUUCCAUAUAACAAUGCGUAACUCUUUUAACUGUGAGUUUCCAUUUAUCACAGUAAUUUUCUCGGACACCAAUUUGCUUUUGCUGUGUUUGAUAACAUAAUAUUAUCUGCAAAUAAAAUAAAAAAGAGUUGGAACAACAUCUGGAUGUAAUUGAAUACCGUUUGUACAACUGUUAUAGAUUUCUGCUGUUUCAUUUAUAAAAAAGGAAAAUAUAAACACACUCAAUAUACAUCCUUGGCGCACGCCUUAUUUGCAUUCAAACAUAUCAGACAUUAAACCCUUGUCUGGUCCACACGUUCUAACAUUUUCAUAUAUACUACAUAAUAAUUUAAAACAUAAUCGGAGGGACCAUAGAUUUUUUUAUAUUCCCACACAACUGGUAAUUUAACGUCUUUUGACUUUCUAGGUCAACAAGGACCACACCCUUUGCAUCCCAGAAUACACUUUUUUCACCGGAGAAGUGGAAUGGUGCCAAUCAAUGGAUUGACAUUUUGACUCGGGAUCAAAGUGGUAGACCCAUGUUUCAUCACCCGUUAAUAAUCUCUUUUUGAAUUAGACGGAAUCCACCUCUAUUAGCUCUUCAUGUUCUCUGGCAAGGUCAGUUUUUUCCCCUUACGAUGAGAAUUUAGAAGCUUUGACACCCAACGAGCAGAUAUCAUAUUCAUCUGCAAAUGUUCAUGAAUAAUAGUUUUGUGGAUCCGUGGCUUAGACCUGUGUCUGCCUCAAGUAAAGUAAUGGUAAUACGUCUAUCUGACAGUAAAAGUUUUUAUAUCUCCUUGAUUGAAUCUUCAUUGAUGGAAGGUGUGGGACGUCAAGACCUACGGUCAUCAUCAAGGCUUGUACUCCCAGCCUUAAACAUAGCUGCCGUUUAACACUGUAAUAGCUAGGGCAUUUUUCCCCAUACACUUGUAACAUGCAGUCAUGGAUUUCUUUUCU